AUGUUAGUAGGACGGGAGAGCCUGGUGAGGCUCGUCGGGAAGAGGAAGAGGACUCUCUCCUCCUCCGCCGCCGUCUCCCUGCUCCACCCAGACCGUCCCACUUCGCCGCCUGCUCUUCCGGAGGGAGAUGCAGGCGAUGACGCCGAUGUGUCCCGUACUCCUCCUGCAGCGGCGGUUGUGCGGGUUAUGUCCGAUUGCAAGGUUGGCGUGGGGGGGGAGGCAGAAAGCAGCGGCCGGGUGAAAUGUCCCGUGUGCGGCACCGCUAUUUUCGGGUCUGAUUAUGCCGUGAAUUCCCAUCUAGGUACUGUAGUCCCAUGUCGACGACACCUACAUUACUUCUCUACUUUGCUUAUUUUUCUCUCUUUUUUUCUAACGCCGUGCACGAUUGCUUCAGAUGGUCCUCUCAAUAUGUUGUCAGACAUGGUGGGUGUAUCCACUAGUCUAUGAAAAACUUGGAUAAAUGCUGCACAAUGCUUUGAAAUAUUUGACCUAUUUUAUUGAAUUUACGAAUUUCUUCAAUUCGAUCGUCUUCGACUUUAUUAGUCAUUUCACGUCAUGCUAAAAGCUUGGGCUCGAUUUUCUUUUAUUUUACUUAUGUUCUCACUUGUAACCAAUGGGAAAGUAUUAUUCUACAGAAAAAAAAAAGUUUUAAUAUUUUCUGUAUAAGUUUUGAAGUUUCAUGUAACUUUCAUUACGAGGGCGAUAUUAUACUUGGCCAGCAACUUUAUGGGCGCGCAUUGGUUUAUUUUCAGUCAUUAUAAAAAAAAGGGGGCAUGUGUACAAUUGUUUGCCAAAAAAAUUGUAGGGAUGGUAGUAGUUCUAUUCUUUUGUACUUGUGAGUGCUAUAUUACUCAAUAAUAACAUUGAAUGAAAUUUUUGUAAAUUUUUCAUCCUUCUCAAGAAAUGGAUAUUCAUGACUGUCAUGUGGAUUGGCAGAUUCAUGUCUAUCUAGAGGUAGCAAGCGCAAAGUUAGUCAACCUACUCUUCUCCAGUUGAAUUUUUUCUCAAAACCAAGCAAUAAGUCUUGUUCAAAAGAUUCGAAAAUACAAUGCAGAUCUGUCGAAGAGCAUGAUAUGGACGCUGAUAAUGAAGAAGAAAACCCCACCUCUUUUGAUUCUGAAGUGGCAUCUGAUCAUUCUUGUGGAGUCAACUUAUCUGUAUCUGAUUCAGUAGCCUAUGCCCAUGCCAGUAGAGAAAUAUGCGGUUAUAAUCUGCUGAAAAAUAGAGCCAACGUUAAUGCUGUCAUUGGCAAUGCAGAUGAUAAAGUGAAUAUCUCAAGUGCCUGUUGUUUACCUACCAUCAAUGUUGACAACAUUGAAAAAUGUUCUGCGGGGUACUCUGAGUCUGUGAAAGUGCUAGAAACAUUUAUUGUUGGGCACAGAUUUCAUGAAAAUAUUGACUUGUGGCCUGGUGCUAGCAUCUCAAUAGUGAGGGAACCAGAAAAUAUUAAUGAUCGACAUGCUAUAAAGGUUUGUGUAUGCUAAUGUAAGCCUUUGUAGUUCUUUCUUCUUUAUUUCAUGUUCCUUGGUUCAGUUUAUUGAUUUUUCUUUACCUAGGUGCUUUAUGCAAUGUCUGGACACGAACAGACAGUUGGACAUCUUCCUCGGCAGUUGGUGAAAUAUCUCUCUCCUCUGAUUGAUAAUUACGGUUUGAAAGUCGAGGUAUAAUAACCAAGGAUCCUAUCUGGGUUGUCUCAAGUAAAAUUCCUUACAGCUUUCUUCCUUUGGUAUGCUUUUAUGAGAGCAUCUAAGUUGUCUAUUGUUCGUAUACUUGAUCAUUUCAUAGGCAGUUACUGUCAUAUUAUGUUUACAUGUUGUUCUUAAUGGGAACCAAUUACUGUCUUUCUCGUGCUUAUGCUUUGUGAACCAAAAUUGGUGAGAGUUCACGGCAGGUUUGCCAAUUGUCUUUUUCGGAAUACUUCAACUGUGCGUUUCAGGCUUUUCAAUAUUGCUUUUUUGAUUUAUUAUUUUGCACAAAUUUUCUUUGUUGUCCAUACAUUGUUUUUUUUGCUAUUUCGGACUUAAUAAUUUCUCUUAUUCAAGAACAAAGAAAAUGUUAAAGAUGUAACUAUUUUCUGUUCAUAAAUUCAGCCCUAAAAAUAUGUAAACUUACAACUUAUGGUUAUCGGAUCGAAAUUUGACUUGUGAAUGGAGAUAAAUUUAAAGUGUGGAAAAAUGGUAAAGCUGUCCUCAAUAAAGUCUCAAAUAAUACCAUGCCAUUAAUCUGUUCAUUACUUAAUACCCCCGGCUUUCUGCAGUUAGAGCUACCCUUGAUGAUUUCAUUGUGUAAUUCCAGCAAAGUGAAUUGUUGGCUUGAUGAAUUCUUGCACUAGGAUGUAAACCUUUUAUGCUACAAUGAUCAUUUCUUGGCUGGUUUUGCAGGGAUUUGUGACAUCUCUUCCGAAACAUCCUCGUGAUGUGUUUCGGAUUGACCUUGUUUGUCAGCAAAUGGUGACUUAUAGUGAGAUGAAGCCUGGUGAUAUCCAGAUUUUUGAAUCCUUAUGGGAAAAUUCUAUUCGCGUUGUUGGGUAUGAGAACUUUCGUCCAAACAGAAUGAAAUAUCAGCAAAACUUUCUUGUAAUGAUCAAAGAGGUUAUGAAUCAACAUGCUCAGUUGUUUACUGAUGAGGAGAAAUCCUUCCUUGGUAUCUGUUCAUUUUCCUGUUUGUUGGAUGGUUUAAUAUUUACCAUGUCAUUAAUGGAGAUUAAUUUUUUUUCAGGUUCCUUUGGCUCAUUUUCUGAUGAUAGUCAAAGAACUUUCAUUCGUUUGUAUACUCGAAAAGGUAAGUUCAACAAAAAAUCUAUAUUCGGUUACUAGGCGCAAUAGUGUUAAGGAUUUUGAUAUGAAACAUGAAGCAUAAGUUUUUCCUGUCUGAUGCACGUCAAAUGAUAGGACACCUACAAGAUCACAACAAAUGCAUUGUCAAUUCUAAUUUGUGCUGUGUGCUCUGAGAUAAUUUUUGAGCUAUUAUUUAUUUGUCUUGCCUGUUCUUGAACCACGAGUUGUGUAUAUAGAAUUUAGGGUUUUUAAAAAAUGUCGGGUCCAUUAAAUAACUUGAAUCAGAAAAGCUUUGUCUUUGUUGUGUUUGGAAAUGGUCCUCUAUAAAUUCUACAUAAUCGGAUAUAGGUGCUUCUGUCACCUACCCUUACCAUGGUGCUGAGCUACAACUUAGUAGGUGUGUUGACAAUUGCUUCCAACUCUCUCUCUCUCUCUCUCUCUCUCUCUCUCUCUCACACACACACACACACACACACACACACACACACACCCCAACACACAUACCCACACCCACACACACAUACACACAUGCUCAGUCGGUGCCCCUUGCCUCAUUGCUAAGUCAUUGAGUGAUUGUGAUUGAAGAAGAAGAUGGAACCGGGGUGACCAUUGAAGGCUGCCACUUGUGCAGUGCUGGGUAGGAAUAGCCUGGCUGCCAAUGACAGCUGCUUGUCAAGUGGGCUGGGGAACACUACUCAGAGCCAGGCUGGUCGGACUCAGUCUAGGCCUUGACCUUGGUUUCCUUACUGAGUGAGCUAGUUGGACUUGGUGAAAGCUUCUUGGGAUGACUUUUUUGAUCCAGGCCAUUAUCUUAGAACUCCAAGCAACUAGGCAUGCUGGCCCUGGAAGAAUUCUAUUGCUUUCAUCUGUGUAUCUUCUUCUUUUUCCCUGUGGAUGGAUCUUUCUACCUGUAAGCCUUGCAUUUCGCUGCAUUUGUCUUUCCAAAAUGGAGUUCUAGGCAGAGGUCAGAUUGAAGCAUCAUAUACUACAUGGAAAAUACACAAGCAAUACUUUGAGGCAUUACCUGUGAUGUUUGGUUGGCUAUCCCAGAUUCUUGCUCUCCAAUAAUAUUUCCAUAGAAGAUGAAAGGGUAAUUCAUACUAGUUUUCAAGAAUUCAACGCUUGAUUGAGUUGAAAUCGCACUGUGGGGAGAUAAAAAAUAUAAGCUUAAUCUUCUAUUGAUAUAUGGAUAGUGUCCGCAUGUCUUAACUGAAAGGCAUUGGAACCUGCCACAUUACAUCAUUAUUCUGAAAAACUUUAACUUCCUGUUCAUUUGCUAGUAUACAAUGUACUUGUGCAUAAAUAUGCUUUGUUAGGUAAUUGAUUACUGUUGUGAAAAUUUUCAAUAUUUUGACAGUUGAUUGAUGAGUGGUGCAAUUUAAAUGAACUCUGCAUAAUUCUGUAGCUCUCAUGUUAUAGGCCCAUGGUUUCGGAUGUGUAAUGUGCGUUAUGCAGAGGUGCUGGAUUCAACAAAAGCAAUUGAGGAAUUACAGUGUAAUUUCUUUUGCUGAUGCCGCACUCACUACCCUUAAUAUUUUUCAAAAGUGCAAUCCUUUUUUUCCCUAAUAUCAAGCUGGAAUGUUUUAUUUUCAGCUGCAGGGUAUGUUGAUCUUUUUCAAUCUACACAAUAUCCAAGUAAAAUUGAUUUGAGGGAGGUUACUGACACACUGACCAUCACUGAACUGCGAGAAAUUUCAAAACUGAUAUUGCUAAAGGUGUAUCUUCUUUGGGCAGACUAUAAUUUUUUUUCUUCUUGUUUUGCUUCAGAACCGAUUUAUUUCUUAUAAAGAGAUGAAAUCUUUUUGAUAUCCGUCAAGUCCAUUGUUUUUGUGUUCUGAAUUACAUUUAGGUCUUGUUAAGAAAUUUGUUUUGCUUUGGUUUUUAUGUGCACGGACAAAAUUAUCAUGCAGUUUGAUGCAGCCAUGAUGCCAUAUGUUCUUUGGAUUUGAGGAAAAUAUUAGCUUGUUAGGGAAACUAUGCUGUGGAGAGGAAUGCAAAGGUCACUAUUAGCAUGGAGACUAUACUGUACUAUAUUGAGAAUCAUUGUUAAAGGACAAGUCCCAGAUCACUGGCCAGAGACCUGGAAAUUUUUAGUGGUUAGGUCAAUCCCUGGCCUGCUCUACGCGCCAGGUAUUACCGUGGGUGUUCCACUGGGUUCUUAUCAACCUAUGGCACAGUGAUUUCUCAAUGUGUCAGUCAACUUUUCAUCUUUGCAACUUUUGGUCCAUAACGAAAUUGUCUUUUAGCUUAAUCGAACUAUAUCAAGGCGAGCUUACAGUGCACAGAGAAAAUUUUUAACGGAUCAAUUUUCUUCCUUGAUUACUUGGUUGAUCUUGCUGUCCAAUUCAAAUUUCUUGUCGUUGGUGUGCUCACAAGCUCUUUUGUCACAGCCAUUUUAUAGCCUUCAAUUGCGAACUAGUCGUUCCCAGUGUUUCUACUGCAAACAGCUAGCUCUUCCUUGAUUUUCCAUUGCCUUUUUUUAGUUCUCCGAUUUCCUUCUCAACAUUGCGAUUCAAAAUGUUAGCCACAUUGGAAGCUUGUUGACAUUUUUACUAUUUGCAAGUUGGUUCUGCCAUCCACAUAUAGUGUUGACACCAACUUGUUUAGUCGUUUUUGUACUGCAAGUGUCACUACAAAUUGUUUUCACUGUUGAUACCUACUUGGUAAUGUGGUUUCAUGCUACAUAUGUUGGCCAUCGAUCUUACCUUUUAAUGACACCGAUUUGAUAAUGUUUUUAUGCUGCAAGUGUCAACCAUAGAGCUUCUCUUUUUGCCAACACAAUUUUUCGAAUGUGUUUUUGUGCUGUAAGUAGCGACCAGGAAAUUUAUCUUUUUGUCAACGAUUUCAUAAUGUUGACAGAAGUUCAAUCCAACUAUCGAUAUUUGCAUAAUCUUUCUGUUAUCAACAGAACCAAGACUCUUCUCUUGUUUGUCUGUCAUCAUCUUGAAACAUAGAAUUAUGUGUCAACUUCGAAGGUCGAUUCAGAUCUCCCAAACUUUGAUGAUUGUUAUUAUCAAAGACUCUCAGUUGAUCAUCAACCAUAGUGGUGUGUCUUGUCCUAUCAAAAUAUAAUUCAUUGCCACUGAAGAAGACGGUUUGAAUUACAAACCCAGUAGAGAUUUCAUCUCACACUGAAGAAGAUAAAAAAUUAUUGAAUGGUAUCGAAUUUGCUUUGAGAUGGAUCACUUAUCCCGCAAUUGGAAUCAGUACAAUUAUCCUUAUAUGUUGCAUAUAUAUUACCCGAAAGCUUCCUUUUUUUAGACUAUUACAUAACAGCUUAAAAGUAGACAUCUUCAUUUUUUGAUGAUAUGUAGUCGCAUUCUUCAUAAUAUUCUUACUGAACAUAAUUUCAGCCUAAUACUUUCUUAUUACUAAGGAAAUUAGGAUAUUUUUUAUGGCUCUUCUUAAAUUUGGAUUCUCCUAUUUGUUGCUGUGCUUUUUAUGCUUUGACCACCGGUGACAAUGAGUAAGAGCUAUUUUAGGAUCCAAUAGUUUUUGGUCUUUUCAUUUUGUCCCUCGAACUUUAGUUAGUUGCUCUUUUUCGGACCACAAUGAUAAUAACACGUAAUCUUGUCACUUUGCUGUUCUAGAAAGAGCAUAUCUGCAGUUUAAUCUUUUAUUUUACUAAUUCCGUUUGUAAUCUGGAGCAUUUUGGAUGGCUCUUCCUAGAUUUGGAUGCUUGGCCAUAGAUUUGCUCCUACAUUAAUUCUUUGGCUUCUGGUGAUCGUGCAUUACAAGGUAUACUGUACGGACAGAUACGGGUCAAACAAUGUUUUAAUCCCUUGCUGGAAGAGAUAUCAUUCUGGUUUACUAGUCUGGCACGAUAGCUCUCUGUUGCAUUCAAGUUUGUCAUUUUCCUAGGUUGAUAAGUCUAUGUACCACUAGGUUGAGAUACGUUUCACUUUUUUCGUCACAUUUCCUUGCAGCAAGUUGUGUCAAUGUCUCAAUGCACGGUUGUAGACACGAUUCUGCAUUUCUGCUUGAAGGAAAUAUGGGUGCUGUUGUGAAAACUAUCCUUUUUCUUAAAUGAGAUCAAUCUUGGUCGUUGGUUAGUAUGUAUUAUGCGUUCGACUCUCUUUAUAUGGCGUUUUCAUAAAUGUUACCUUAAGGACAUUGCUUCAUAUGCAUGGAAGUAUUAUAUAAAUUUCCUUGUCACGAAGUGGUGAGAUUCAACAAAGAGGGAACACGCAUAGUAACCCUUGUUGAAUCAAUCCUUCUAGAGAAAUCUGUGGGGGCUGCUAAUGGAUUGCGAGUCUAAUCGCUUGGAUUUCUUUUCACAUGUGACUUAUUCUUCUUUAGUUGUAAUGUGCCAACAUUGUUUUUCAGAAAUGGCAUAAAUGUAAGACGAAAAACCUUUGGCUGUCUGUUGCAUGACCACAAAUAUGUCACAAUGAUAAACUUUAGAAGAGUAUGUGGUAUUUUUGACUGUCUUUUUCAUGACGGCAAAGACAUCAAUCUAGUUUGGUUUAGAGAAAACAUUGUCCUUCUGCCCAAAUUUAGAUGAAUCCAACAAGCUUUUAAAUCAUAUUGGGUCAGAUUGUAGAAGAUUUGAAUGUGAUCCGGUGCACUGAUAGGUAACCCCAGUGCACGUGGAGAGAAUCUUUUCUUAUUUGAUAAAAAGAAAAACUCACUUAUAAAGGAACCAGGGUUUGGUGUUUAUAUCAGACCCUUGGAAGCUUCUAGACACAGACAUAUAACUACAAAAAAACAUAAGGUAUACUAAAUAGUAUAUUUUGCACAUCUUGACAGCACUCCCCCUCAAUCUGAUGAGUGGAUUUCAUCCAUUCCUAGCUUGAAAAUAAUCUUAUGUAGUUGUCUGCCCGAGAUGUUUUUAAGCAUAUCUACUAGUUGAUUGUUUGCUGAGAUAUAUGGCAUACAUAUCAAAUUUGCCUCAAGCUUUUUUUUGAUAAAUUGAUGAUCAAGGUCCACAUGUUUGGUACAAUGAUACUGUAUCAGAUUAUGGACAAGAUCAAUUUCUGACUUAUUAUCUCAAUAAAUCUUUAUGAGACCAGUUAAAGAGAUUUUUAGCUCGUCAAGUAAAUUCUUCAUCUAGAGUAACUUGCAUACACUUUGGGCAAGGCUCUCAAUUCAGCUUCAGCACUUGAACUAGUAAUCACAUUUUAUUUUUUUACUUCUCCAAGUAACAAGGUUGUCUUCAAUAAAUAUGAGAAGUUGAUCUUUGAUUAAUCAUUGAUCCUACAUAAUCAGCAUGUGUAAACAUUUCGACUUCUACCUUCACACUUUGUAUAAAAUGAAUUCUUAUGCCUUUCAAGUAAUGUGACACUUGAUAGUUGCAUGUAAAUGAGAUUCUUUUAGCUGAUGCUUAAAUUGACUUAAUAUACCCCAUGCAUACACGAUAUCUGGUCGAGUAUGUGUCAGAUAAAGUAGUUGACCAAUGAGACGUUGAUACAUCUCAUGGUCAACAAAAAAUUCUUCCUCUAACAUGCAUAGUUUGCAGUUUGGAUCUAUAGGUGUACUGGCUGAUUUAUACGUAGAUUUCCCUAUUUUCAUCAACAAUUAUGUUAGGUAAUUACAUUGAGAGAUGAAAAUACCUUUAGAAAGUGAUCCACCUUAAUUCCCAGCAAAUAUUUGAGUCAUCAUAAUAUCUUGAUAUCAAAUUUUUUAGCCAAACAAUAGCUCAUGUUGUGUUUUUGCUUCAUCAUUUACUGUGAUGAUAAUAUCAUCAACAUAAAUGAUUAGAAUCGUAAUUAUCCCUGAAGAAGAGUGUUUACAAAAUAAGGUACGAUCACCAUUACUAUGACUAUAGUUUAAUUUUUCAUUGCAUUAUAAAACGUCCAAAUCAUGCUUGGGGUGACUAUUUUAGUCCAUAAAGAGACUUAUUUAAUUUGUAAACAAUUUUCGAUGAAUGUUGACCCUCAUACCCUGGUGAAAAUAGAAACUUUUUCAACAAGAUCACCAUAUAAGAAAUCAUUUUUAACAUUAUACUGUUGAAUGUCUCAACUGAAAUUUAUUGUUAAAGAUAAUAAAAUUUGACAGUAUUACCAUAAGUGCAAAAGCUUCCUGAUAAUUGAUUUCAUAUACUUGUGUAUAGCCUUUAGCCACCAACCAAGCUUUAUAUCCCUCAAUCGAACCAUCUGAUUUAUAUUUCACCAUAAACAUCCAUUUGCAACCAACUGUCUUCUUAUCCUUCGGUAACUCCAUCAGAUCUCAAGUCUAGUUUUUUUCUUGAGUUCUUAUGUCAUCAUUCAUAGCUUGUUUUCACUCAUUGGAUAGAGCCUCUAAGACAUUUUUUAGAAUGAUAGUGGUGUCUAAAGAGACAAGAAAAGACAGAUAGGAUGGAGAGAGUUUGUGGUAAGAUAAAAAAUUGGCUGAUGGGUACAAAGGUUUCUUGGUACACUCUCGUAUUAGUUUUCUUAAGGUAAUAGGAAGUGAAUUCCAAUAUGGAAUGCCUUGAUCAUCAGAUGGAGUAGAUGUGGAAUUCUACAUAUUUUCUAAAGUCAAAUCAUAAUCUUUUUUUUUUUAAAUCUUAGAUUUUCUCUCUUAGAGUAGACUUUGCCAAAUCUAAGUUUUCAAGAAGUAGAUCUGGGAUAAAACAAGAUUUUUCAAGGACUGAAAUAGGAAUAGACAAGUUUCCUGAGGAUGAUGAAGCUAAAUUAUCUACAUACUGAUCAAUAUGAUCUGUAAUAAAUAAAAUUUGAUCAUCGAAUGAAGAGUUUUCAAAAUAAUGUUCUAAUUCACAGAAUGUAAUGUCCAUUGAUGUAAAGAAUUUUUGAGUAAGAGGAUGAUGACAUUUGUACCUUUUUUGAUUAUUAGCAUAUCUAAGGAAUAUACAUUUGAGUGAUUGUGGUUUUAAUUUCCCUUUGGUUUUAUUGUGAUGACGAACAAAGGAAACACAACCAAAUGUCCUAGGUUCUAACAUGGUUGUAAUUUGAUGGUGUGGAAAGUGGACUGCCAAUAAGUCUAAAGGACUAUGGAACCCUAAGGUUCUAGAGGCCAAUUGAUUGAUGAGAUAUGUAGUUGUUAGGACAGCUUCACCCCAUAAAAUUUUUGACACAUUAUUUUGAAAUCAAAUUGAUCGAGUUAUUUUUAAAAGAUGUCAAUUUUUCCUCUCAGUUACGCCACUUUUCUAUGGAGUAUAUACAUGAGGAUUCAUGUAUGAUACCUUCUGAUUGGAAAUACUAAUUCAGACUUUGGCUAAAGUAUUUUUUAGCAUUACCGGAUCGAAGUUUCUUUAUACUGAUGCCAAAUUGAUUUUUAAUCAUAGUGCAGAAAAAAAUUAAAAUUUUACACACAUGAGACUUCUGUUUUAGAAGAAACACUCACAUACAUCUAUAAAGGUGAGAAAACACUUAUUUCCACGAAUGUCAUUAAUGGGACAGUUCCUAAAUGUCACUAUGAAUAUGGAAGAAAUGAAUCUCACUCUUUUCUCCUUGAGUUUGAAAGGAAGCGUGAGUGUGUUUAGGGAAUUCACACAUCAGACUUAAGGGUAUCUAAUGAAACCUUUUGAAGCAAAGUAUAGAAAAGAUUUUUCAAAGUGCUGAAGUAAAGAUGACCCAUUCAUUGUACAGUAAUUGUAUUUUAAGGACAUCUUCUAGAAGCUUUAGGUGUUUGGCUCAGUCCUAGGAAAUAGAGUCCUUCACAUUCUCUAGCAAUUUUAAUCCUCUGACAAUAUACCUUAUCAAAUAUUACAAAAAUAUCCUAAUCAAAAUAGGCAUGAUAAGGUGAAUUUUUCACAAGUUUCUUGACAGAUAAAAUUUGUAAAUAAUUUUUGAAUAUGGAGGAUAUUAGUAAGGAUUCUAAGUGGUUCAAGGUUAAGAUCUCCUAUGUCAAUCACUUGAUCUUUCUGAAUUUUCGUUAAUAAAUAACAUCAAAAAUACUAUUUUAAUCUCUAGAAUGAUUCCUAAGGAUGCUAAAAGAAUAUAGCUAUUGAGAAUAUUUCAAUCGAACUACAAAGAGUUGACUAAAUCAAGGAGGAUCAUGAGUUAACUACAGUUGACUUUUCAAUGAAGAUUAAGAUGAGAAGAUAGAAGAUGAUUGACUUAGGCACACUAAGAGGAAAUGGACGAAACCUAAAUUGAUGACUUUUUAAUGGAUGGUUGAAAGUGAUGUACAUGAAGGAAAUCUCUAACCACUCUAGAUUACCCUGUCACCUAAGAGAUUAAUAGAUAUGUCAAAAAGAACCUUAAUCUACUCCUAUCUAUUAUAUCAAUCUUCUCUCAAUUCCUCUCAUCGUUAACACCAUGCUCAACCUUAAUAGAUUAAGAGAUCACUAAAUUGAAAGGAAAAUGGAUGAAAUUUGAAUCUACUUUACUCAAUAUAUCUAUUCUUCUCUCACUCAAUCUCAAGUGAGAUCAAUCUUGACAAGUCGAGAGAUUCACAAGACUUGAGAGAAUGAGAAGGAAUAGAUGAGAUGAAUAAAACUUAAGGCUCAAUCCUAGUGUCACUUUAGGAGAUCCUUAAAUCUAACUCCUACCUACCCUCCAAAAAGAUCCAACUCUCACGAAGAUGAUCAUUAGAAGAGGGGAUACAAGAAAAGAAAUAUGAUUUCAUUAAAAUAAAAUAUAUAAGUACAUAAAUUCACUACAGAAAUUAGAGUGCAAUGCAUUACUUGUUGACCCUUGGAGUGCUUCAAGGGGAUCUAUCUUCAAGAGUUCUUUGACAUACCUAUUUUGGUGAAGUUCUUGAACUUGUUUAUCUUCUCCUUUAUAUGGCUCCUCUCCCAAACAACAAAUGCCUUUUCUCUCUCAUUCUCCAAGUUUUUACAAUCAUCCUGUAAGCUUAAAUCUUAGCCCUUAGAUCCUCUUCAAGCAUGUACAUCCGUAUGAUCCUCUUCAGUAUGUGCACCACAGGCUAUCUCGAAAAUCAGACUUUUGAUUUUUCCUUUGACUAGAUUGAGGAUGUCAAACUUGAUAUGUGGAUUUCUUCAUAUUUUUCUCCCUGUUUAAUCAUAAAUGCAGCAUUAUCAAUUUUAGGCACUGAUAACAGUAUUUUCUGAUGAUUUUCUUCAUUCAAAAUGAUUGAAAUAGCCUCAUCUAGAUCAGAUUUCUGCUCAUGGUUCAAAAUCUGUUAUGUGACAUGAUAUAAAAUAGAGUUUAAGUCCUACAAGAAAUGUAAAGACUCUUCUUUGUUCUAUGAAAUUUCAUAAAAUAGUAAUCUCCUCAAGUUUUUUUGUGUUGAGACAAAGCUUGCAUUCCAUCAUGUAAUUGAGACCUGCCAUAAACCCUUCAAAUCUCUAGCAUAUUCCAUCAUGUGUCUAUUUCCUUGCAUUAUAGACAUAGAUUUUGUCUCUAGUUCGUAUAUACAAGCCUCAUUAUUCUUACAUGACAAUUUUGUGUGAACUAUUUCCCACAAUUCUUUAACUAUGGCCAAGAAGAAAAAAUCUGGACUAAUUUGGGAAAUAAUCAUUCCCUAGAGCCAAGUCUUGAUUAGUGCAUCUUCUUCUCUCCAUCUAUGGUAUUCAUGGGACAGGGGAUCCGGUUUCCCUCUACCAGAUGAUGUAACAUUCUUCUUCCAGUCAGAACCUCUUAACAUUUUCUGACCAUUGUAUCAAAUUAUAUCCAAUUAAUUUGAACUCUGCAGACAUUGCAAGAAGUUCUACUAUUAAUCAUGGACCAUUGGGACCAAGGUUAGAGUCCCUCAUGGAUGGAAGAUCUCUUACUGAAGAUCAAGAAAUAUCUCCCACAUUUUUCAUCUUAAGAAAAUGGGCGGAUUCACCAGAUCCAGUAUUUCGUCAACAGAUCUCAAUGGAGAUGAAGGAAAAAAUGGUACAAGAAUCGUAACUGCAUUCUAAUGUUCACCAGAUCUGGUAUUCUGUCAACAUAUCUCAAUGGAGACGAAGAAAAAACGGUACAAGAACUGUAACUCUAGGAGAAUAGAUCACUGUGGAAGGAAGAAAUGGAGCAAUCACACUUGGAUUCGCUCUGAUACCGUGUAGAAGAUUUGAAUAUGAUCCGGUGCGCUCACAGGUAACCCCAGUGCACAUGGUGAGAAUUUUUUUUCUUAUUUGACAAAAGGAAAAACCCACUUACGAAGGAAGCAUGGUCUGGUAUUUAUAUCAGAUUCCUAGAAGGUUCUAGACACACAGACAUAUAACUACAAAAAACUUUAAGUAUACUAAACAGUAUAUUAGACACAUCCCAACAACACAGACACAUUGCCAAAAUGUGUCUACUAAUGGAAAAUUUAAAUCCUACUGGUUCAAACAUGGUCCUGGUACAAGUUGGGAUUGCAAAUGCGAGAAGAGUACAUUGAAUCAUGUGGAUAUAAAGCUUCUUCUCUCUUAACAGUACUAUAGCGUCUUUGAAUUGAUGAUUUCAUUAGCGUCAAUGUAAAUAAUUAAAUUUCUCGAAUUUUUCUUACUAAAGAACAUUUCUUGUUCUUGUUCCUCUUUUUCCUGAAGGAAGUUCCAUAACUCGUUUUCUGGUAUUUGUUUCUGAUGGAUUUUCAAAUAUUUUCUUCUUAUCCUCAGAAAGGCCUCAAUAAUAACAAAAAACAUGAGUUUGUUGAUUCUCUUUGUACUGCAUAUGAAGAUGGAACAUGGUAACAACAAACUUCAAAUCUUCCCUUAGUCUUUCAUUCUUAUUAGCUUUGAUCCUUUAGAGUUUCUGGGCGUUUAUUCUAAUUCUUUCUCAGUACAGCCUUUUGCUACCAAGCAUGAUUUCAGAGAAAGCAGGUACUUGUGUGAAGAUUUCUUCUGUUGCUGAUUCACUACUAUGGCGGAUUCAGGUGUGCCCAUGGUUUGCUUUAAAAUUUCUUUUUUCGGCUUUUUUAGAUGCUAGAAAACCAUUGCUUAUGAAAGUGCACUUAGUUGUUGAAUCAAAUUUAUUCUAUUUUCCUCCACUAACAAUCUUACUUUUUGUAAAGCGUCUUUUCUUCCUUAAUGGUGAGCAGGAUCUCUCAGCUUUCCUUCUAGUUGAUUUAGGGCUGGUGAAAUAUCCAACCUAUGUCUGCAAUAUCUCUCAACCCAUUUUUCAUGGUCGUAAUAAUUUCGUUGCAUAUGAAGAGGUGCAAUUUUGCUCUUGUCACUAUUCCUUUGGUACGAUUCUUUGCCACUUAGUUUUUGUAGUUAUUUAUGCAUUCUAAGUCUUCUCAAAACAUGUCAACAGGCCAUUGAAGUCGCACAAAUAAUGGACCAAUCCCUUGAAGAAAACAAUGUUGAGACAGUAAACAGAUGCAUCGAAUUGUCCACUGGCCACAUUUCUAGUUCUUUUGAAGAAAUGUCCGGGUCUUCUUAUGGCUAUCAGGCAACAUUUCUGUCAUGUUUUUCAGCUUCAUGGGUCUACUCGAAAGUGGUCACUUUGGGGGUUUCAUUUCUCGAGUGUGAGAAGAGGUAUGGAGAAAAGUCUCUUAUUUUUUCCCAUUAUUCUGGUAUCAGGAUUUGUUGGUAUCUUGAUAUUAUCUGGUAUUGUCUAAGCUUUUCUUUUGUAUUGAGAUAAUAUUAUUUUAGAGUUGAAAUUUUAAUAUAACCUGCAUCUUGUGUAUCUUUGCCAUGAACAACUUCAAAUAAUAUGUUUUUCAUGAAUAAACAUCAAGUUAUUUUCAAUUGCGAGGCUUUUUAAUCCCGGUUUUUAGAUGGCGGAUAAUUUUCACCGUAUAGUUUCUUGGAAAGGCCAAAUUUGAUUAAUGCAACUAUGUGGCUGUGGAUCUGAGAUGUUAUUGGCGGGAAUUUAACUUUUGUGUAAUCACGAAGUAGCAUGUGUAAUUAAUCUACGUAUAUAAUUAUUCUUCUUUAAAAAAAAGAUUGAAUUUGUCUUUUCACUAAGUAGCGCCUAUUUUUUAGUGUAUUGGCUUUUGCACGCUCGAUCAGAAUAAUCAGAGACUCUUUGCCUGUAUUCUCCAUGAACUUCCUAAAAGGGCAUAGGCUGCACAGAAAUUGGAUAUGCUUGCAUUCCUUUUACAAAAUGGAGGCCAAUUCUUAUCAAAAUACCAAUACUUCUUCUCUUCAAACAUUAUCUUUGUAAUGUGAAAAGUCGAACGAAAUCCGCUGGGGUGGCUACAGGCUUUUACGAGUAUCCAAGUCCAUGCUCUCGUAUACUUCUGCAUUCAUUCUUUUUUUGGUAUGCUGUACCUGUCUCUGUUCCUUAAUAUUCUUGCAUUUUUAGGCAUAAAGACGCUGUGAAGCUUCUGAAAGGCCUCCUGAAAAGAUGUCUGCAUGACAGAAAGCGGGGUUACUGGACUCUCCGGUUGUCUGUUGAUUUGGAGCACCUGGGCUUUGCCAAUGAGAGCCUUUCAGUUGCUGAAGAGGGGAUUCUCGAUCCGUGGGUUCGUGCUGGUUCAAGACUUGCGUUGCAGAAGAGAGUGCUGCGCUUGGGAAAGCCACCCAGACGCUGGAAAAUACCGGAUUUCGCUGCUGCUAUUAGAAGAAAGAUCCCUGAAGUAAGCAUUUGGAUGGAUCUAAUUUCUGUGUUAACCACUAAUUGGUUAUUCUCUCUUCAUUCUCUCAGUUUUCCAUUUGUCAGUAUAAUUAUGCACGUGCCCUGGUUGCCCCAUCCCAUUAGCUGUCUCCUCUUCCUUUUAUUUGGAAGAUAGUUUCCGUUAGUUUCAAUUAACGUCUCUCUCUCUCUCUCUCGAUAUUUAUAUAUAUAUAUGUGUAUGUGUUUAUAUAUGUAUAUUUCUCUUCUUUGAGCACCAUUGUUUUUGAUGUUUUAAUGCUUGUGACCAUUAUUUCACGGUUUUAGGGCCGGCUAAUACUUUCCAUGGAUUUUAAAUUAGGUACAUGUCAAGGGGAGGCCUUUGAACUCUGAAACGGGAACAAAGAGCCGGUAUUAUGGCUAUGACGGUGAGCAAUGUGGAGUAGAGCAACUAGCUUUGCAAUAUUAUGGUGGGGAAGGAGGGGGCUGGCGUGGUGUGCAUGCUGAAAGUGGCAUUUGGUUGACCAUAUUUGGAUUGCUCAUGUGGGACAUCUUAUUUGCAGAUGUGCCGGAUGUUUUCCGUACCCAGUUCCAGGUAUGAUCUAAGACUAUUGACAUAAUUCCCGUAACCCUUCAUCCUCACCAUCCGUCAAAUUCUGUUAAAUGGGAUCGUGAAGUCAUUCAUAUUCAACUUGCCUAAUUCUAUAUCUUCACUCUGUUCUUUCGGUUGUGUGCGAGCCAAAUUUCACAGCUUUCGUCAUUGGACAUUAAUAAACAUUCUUUUUGAGUUUGUAUUGAGUAUAAAAUAUGUGAGGAAUAUAAUGUCUGAUCGGCGAGCUUUCAAAGGUCUCCUCUUGUAUAAUAUGUCACAGACUGCACCAAGAUUAGAUAGAGCAUAUAGAAAUCAAUAACUAACUUUCGAUGUAAGAAAAUUUAUGCCAAACCUCUGAAGAUUGAGUGACGUCCUUUAUUGAAGAAUUUCAAGUUCACUCUGUGAAUUCUAGAUAAGCUUAUGGAAAUAACUAUCUUAGGAAUUUACAGUAAGUUCCUAGAUUAUGUGGAUGGAGUUUCUCUAAUCGUUCUCUCCGUGUAUCAUAUCAUCAUCCAAGAGAAAAUUCAAGCUGAUGACUUGUGGACAAUCUUCUGUCUGGGACCUUCCACAUCAAAAUCCACAUUCAAAAGAUAAAUCAAACCUCAUAAACGAGUGUCAUGAGGUCAGCACGUCGAUCUAACUGUGAGCUUUUCAUUACUAUCCCAUUUCUAUCUUCUUUCAUCCUUUUAUUCAUGUUCAUUGACCUUUUUGCAGUUAGGCCAAAUAGGCUUCUAAAUUGCACGAUUCUUCCUCAUCUGAAAUUAAUUCGUAUUAGUCUUGGGUUCCAGCCUUGAACUAGUCUACAGGAGUGAUGUUUUUCCUAAAUAAUUGCAUUAUAAUUCAGUUGCCUCGGCAAGAUGGCUACAGAACAUCACUCAAAUUGUGAGCAACUGAAUUUCCUUUCAUUGAAUGCUUCGUUAUCCAAAAUUAAUUAAUCUAAAUCUUCUGUUCCAGCCUUUCAUCCUGCCAACGAAAUGCUACUCUUUUCUGAAUAAUUGCACUAAAAUUCAGUUGACUUGCGAAGGUAACUGCAGAACAAUACUCAAUUGCGAACGAGGUGCUAAAUUUGUUUUCAUCCAAUUCGCAAAGUUCUGAGUCCUCUGAAAUUAUCUCAUCUUAACCUUAUGUUCCAGUCCCUUUUUUUUCAUAAUAAUUCCCCUAAAAUUCCGUAACACGCCGAGAUAACGACAGAACAUCACUCGAACCGUGAAGGAGUUAACUUUCUUUCUCAUCUCUGACGUUCCGCUUCUGCAGAUGGCUCCUCUCGACCUUGAUUCGGACAGUUUCUAUUCAUCCAGGAGAGAUCUCAUCGAGUCCCAUCUUCAGAGGAUCAAUGACGGCAUGGCCGACGAGAUGUUGAUCAUUUCAUGGGAAUCACACCUCAACACCGCUUGCAGAGGGGUGAACUGGGGCCGCCACACCCUAUCUGAUCUCCGUGCGGCAGUGUCGUGCAUUGGCGGCCGUAACUUGGCCCCUAUUUGCCGCCUCCUGGCGAGGGACUACAAGACCUGGUCGAGCGGGAUGCCAGACCUGCUGCUGUGGCGCUUCCAUGGGGAAGAUGGGAGCACCGGUGAAGCAAAGCUUGUAGAGGUGAAGGGCCCAAGGGACCAGCUCUCGGAGCAGCAGCGGGCAUGGAUGCUGUUCCUCAUGGACUCUGGGCUCGAUGUCGAGCUCUGCAGGGUGAGUCCAAUGCUAUGA